AACCGGGUCAUGCCAAUCGCCACCACUUCACACUUUUUCGAGUUUCAUCUUCUUUUAUGCAUCCCCAUCAUCCCGAGGGCGCAAUAAUUCGGCGACUUGCCUGAUCGGAUAGAAUCAGAAACUUGAUGAUGGCGAUGAAAUCAUAAUAUCUACUCAAUCAAAAUUAAAUCCUUCCUGUACGUCCAUUCCAUCAAGAUGGCAAUCCAAGGUACAGGUACAUCAAAGGAAGGGCAAACUCACAAUUCAUCAGCACUGCUGAAUCGAUCAUUGGCUGCUGAUACACCUUCUCGUCAUUCAACAGACGGAUCUAGCAAUCAGCAUGCCACUUCAAGUGGCGGAGGUGGAAAUAGUGGCAGCAGCAGCAAUAUGCAACAUCAACAAGACAGUCUAGGACAUACGCAAGGAUCAAAUCAAUCACCUGGUACAUUUGGACGUCAUGCAAGUCGAAAUGGAAGCAUACAUUCGCAAUCCAAUGAAAAUUUACCCAGUCCAAUCUUAGAUGGAUCAGCUUACCGUAGGGAUACGGACAGUGCUACACCGAUUGCUGGCAUGUACAACAAUCCUACUGUACUCCCCUCCGCUCUCAAAGGAAAACAAAGAGCAAAAGAUGAUUCAAAUAACAGUCGAACAUCUAUCGAUAGCUCCAGACGAUCAUCCGUGCGCUGGUCAGGAGAAUUACCGAGAUUGGAUGAAGAUAUGGACGAUGAUAUGUUUACUAAUGCAAUACAAAAUAAAUUUCAAACUCCUCUUUCACCACGCAUUCAAGCCGCCGUUCCAAUUGCCAUUUCAGCCGAUCAGGAACGCAAAAGGAGAAGUUUUGAAUUAUCUCCACGUUUUCAAGCGCAAGAUAGGAUUGCGAAACAAUCCAAUCCUUCGCUUGGACAACUUCGCGAUCUGUCACCUGAUUCAGAAUUGGCAACAGGUGGCAGAAGCAAAGGAUAUCGUAGAAUUGAACGAGAAGUUGAAUCUCAGCAAGAGAGACUUCGUUUAGAAGGAGGCGGGACGUUGAGCCCUGUCAGCUCGAGUGCAUCUCCACCUCUGUUUGCUUUGGGUGAGGGAAGAAUGCAGGCUGAAUCAAGUAAUGCUCAAGCUAAACGUGCAAAACGUGUCUCAUUGGGUCAAGUAUCCAUCGAUGGUGUCCCGGUGGCCAUUGGCUCACCGAUUUUUGGACGUGGAAAUAGUCCGACAAGACAUUUUCGAACAGACAGUAAAGACCCAAAACUUUCACCUGUCCACAGUCGAUCCAAGAAACGCUCUUCGUACGGUCAUAGACGAUUAGCACUGAGCGAAUCUUCUCGCACAGGAAGCAAAGAAAGAAAAAGGGUUCGUAAGCGAACGAGUAGUGACCCUAUUGUGAAAGCAGACGAUCCCGAUUUCAUGUCUGAUCGAAGACGCAGUGAAGAAGGUGGUAGGAUAUUUCGUAGUUUAUUAGAAGGAGGUCGAGCACGCAAGCGAUCUGAAACUGAAGGGAUUACGGCUAUUUCGCAAACCACUCUCUCACCUUCGACAGCUGUCGGGCAAAAGAAAGCCUUUUCGGAAGAAUAUCUUGGACCAUUUCCUUCACAAUCUUCUACCCGCUUGCCAAUCGGCACAAGUGCUGAAAGCAGGAUGGCACUUGCAAGAAAUUCUUCUAGUAUGAUGCGGUGGGAUUCAGCUCAUGCGACUGCUCUUUCGCUGCGUCAAGGUGAUCAUUAUGGUUAUGAUUCUCGUCAGAACGAUUACAUAGGGGGUCGUAUCUCUACCACUUCGACAUUGAUGCAUAAUCGUUCCUUGGCACGUUAUCAUCUGGGUGCUUUGAUUUCGCUGCGUUGUCGUAUUCCACAUCAUUCAUCCAAAUCACUCGAACCACUUCAAUUUCGAUCUAUCGUUGCUCGGAUACACCAUUCUUUGCUUAUGUUUCAAAUUUAUCUGCACGUUCCUGCAACAAUCUUUUUCGACUACAAUGCACUGUAUACAUUGGUACAAGUUGCUCUUUAUCCCGAUACAGACGAUCAAAGUGCAGCAUGGUGGAUCGCUUCCGGAAUCUAUGCAGGUUGCUUUGCGAUUUGGUUGAUAGGUGUUUUGGUAAUUUGGGAGAUCGUUAUUCAAUUUAAACGGAGAUGGAUUAACGAUCGACCUUUUGCAUUGCCGAUUUACCUUUCUUCUCAUGCUUUCAACCUAAGCUCAGUGAGAUCGUUUUCACUUUACUCGUUGUUGUAUCGGACAAGACUUCAAGCCUCUAAAAGGGAUUUCUUGAUUGAAACAUGUUGGUUCUUCAGUCAGAAUUGGCCAACUGUUUUAACAAUCUUACCACGUGGAAUUAUUUUGACAAUCUUGCUGGUGAUUUACAAUCCCACGUCUAACGGCAAUCGGAUCCCACUUAAUGGUCAAAUGCGUGACCCAGUCUAUUUCAAUUCUUCCUCUGGAUUAUUAACCAACUUUUCGUACGUUAUCCUCCUUAUCAACACAAUUUGGAUUGCCUGGAGAAUUUUGCUCUUAUUAACAGCAUGGAUCGGAUUAUUGUUCGCCGUAGGACCCCGAAGCUUGAUCAGUCGAGAAAGAUCAGCAUACAAAGAUGAAGGAGCAGAAAUUUCAUUGACCGAUCUUCGUUUGAGUACUUCCACUCGACCAUUGCUGAAUGCUAGCAGAGCUUCAAAUAUCAGGGGUAAUGAAUCGAGACAAGAAACCCAUCAUCCAGCGCAAUACCGCAAUGAAGAGCCUGUUCAAGCAAAUGAUGAGAUGCAGCAAGUGUCAACAAUUGUUACUCGUCCAACUCUGGGAUCUGUCGAAAUUCCAAGAAGAAGUCAUAGCCUCGUUCGUGGGGCUCAAAGACCAAUCCAGACGAGCCAGGCUACUGAAGAACAUGUCCAGAGCAAUAAAGAACCCAGGCCUGACACAUUCUCCGGGCGAAAGACGAUCUUACCACCUUGGGCAUGGCGAGCUCGAGCUGAAGAACGGUUGAGCGCAUUGAUUCUUGAGUGUCGAUUGGACGAUGAAAUUGUGACACCUGAAGAAGAGAUAAAUGCCUGGGGAGAUCCAUUACCGGGACAUGCAGGUCAAGGCAGAGCAAAAGAGCAAGAAUUGGCAGCUUAUGGGCCUCAGAAUGUGUACGAAUCAAAGAUGGCAGAAGUUCCGAUACUCUUUUUACCGGAAGAUGAUGCGAAUGCAAUUGCAGAGAAUCAGGCGGUAAAGAAUUCGCCAACACAUUUGUCUACUCUGGAAGGAACGUAUGCGUCUACAUCAGAUCGACUGCUUACGACUAACAACCUUCCGCAACCCGGUUUGGGACAGGUACACGCAGACAAGAGCGUCUCUUCCGUUGAUAUUGGCCGUUCGGAUGCUUACCCGUUCCCUUGCCAGAAUGAAGAACAGUCGUCACAACCUACCAUCAGGAAUCCGAGCAAGGCUUCAGAUCUGCCUAUCAUCGUGCCAACCGCAGUACCGGUUGAACGCACACAUUCUCCAUCUGCAUCACUCUCUUCGAAUGCUCAAAACGUUGCCUCUGACGGUAAAAGACUGUCCAAUACAAACCCAUACAUUUCUGGUCAAGCGUCCAAAUCAUCGAAAAGAUCUUUGACCGGCAAAGCUGGCGUACAUUCUAGCUCAAACAGUACUUCUUCGUUAGGUGAAUCGAUCCGUACCGCUUUGGGAAGGCGGUCAACCGAGACUACGAAUGGUACAGAGAAUGGUGGAAGAAAUGAAGCUUUGAGAUCGCAGACGAAUCUACAAACAAGUCCCAAGAUGGCAGGAGCAGCAACUUCUUGGUGGAAAGGCCUCUUCGGCGGAGUAAGCAGUAGUGCACCGGAGGUCAGCGAUGCGAAUGUAUUAGCUGCAGCAAAUGCUCAACCAGAUGAUCAACUUGUUGAAGAGACAGAUGACGCUGUUGUAUAUCCACGCACCUCUUCCCCUCUCAGUGGAAUUAGAACGGCCGGACAAGAAAAUCAUGAUGAAGAUGUUUCACGUUCUGUCGAAACGUCAAAUGCUACAUCCAAUGUCGAAGAUAGCGGCGAGAUAGCAAGUGAGCGCAUAGCCAAUGCACAACGCAGUCGGACAAAUGAUGAAGAUGCAGCAAGCUUGCGAUCAACAUCUACGGAUGAUUCUGAAGAACGCAGGAUCUGGUCACAAUUCCCCGAACAAAGUAGAAGACAUCCUCCUGGAUUGAUCGCUUUGGAAUUGGAGCAACGUAAAUUAGCUGCUGAUAAGAGAUUACGAAGUUCGACUAACGUGUCGCAAAGUGGGUCGCAAAGUACCAUUGUUGCACCCGUAACUUCAACAUCCAAUGCAACAGACAGUGUUGCUAUUCUUCCCGCUCAAGAUACCGAACAUCCCGAUUCUUCAUUUGAAGGUGACUCAUCUUUUGGAAGUGCAACGCAUAUGUUACCAUCAACGCAACUGGAAGCUCUAGGACCGAUUCAAGAAGAGAGCUGGAGCAACAGUCAUGAAGCAAUCACUGAUGAAGAGAUGGAAUUGAUGCAUUCCGAACAAAAUUCCGCUCUUCGAAGGUGAUGAUGCACACUCUUUAUACAUUAUAUACCAAAUACCUCAUUCAUUAAUACCCUUUUUGCUCUCUCUCUAUCUUUUUCGUCUUUGCAAGGAAUCGUAGUUUUAGUGUAUAUCAUAAUGCUAUAUUGUUAUUGCCAAGAUUUACACUUUCUUUAAAGCUUCGGAACACUGUCAUUGGC